AUUAUUUAGGUUGUAAUGCGAUUAAAUUCAAUAAAUUUUCCGAGAUGUCUGGAAGAAAAAUUGAAAAUCCUUCCCAAGUUUCGGUCAACCUGAGGCCCUACCAGGAAGAGCUCUUGCAGCUCUCGGAGAUGGCAGGUAUUCACGCUGAUCCUGCUGUAUUAAAGAUAAUCGUUGAACUAUUGAACAUGCAUAUUUCUCCUCACGCCAUCUUCCAAAUGUUAAAGACCAUGAGGAAAUCAUCGCUGAGAUCGCGGAAAUAUAAUUCCCAGUCGCACAUGCACUAGCAAACUUAAACAAAAAAAAAACAUCGUACUUACCUUCAAAAAAAAAACAUUCCAAUGCUU